AUGGCUCAAGCAGCAGCAAGUAAUUUUCGACGACGUAUUCUUGGUUCCAGACAAGGUUCAUCUAAUGAUAAUUUAUCAAGUGCAAUAAACUCAAGUCAUUCUCAUAAAAAUCGUACAUCUAUACGUAUAGAUCGGCGUACAAUGGAAAAAAUUUGGAAACAAAUGGAUCGUAUUGUUAAAUAUUGUCAAAUACCAAAAAUGAAUUUAAAAAAUUCUCCACCAUAUAUGCUUGAUAUUCUACCUGAUUUUUAUCAAACAUUACGUGAAAUAAUAAAUCAUUAUGAAGAUCGUCUACAUAUAUUAAAUGAUAUAGAAUAUUUUCGUAUAUUUAUUAAUAAUCUUAUUGUAUUAUGUACUAAAACAAUUGAAUGUUUUAAACAUGCUGGUCAUCAUAUGUAUAAUGAACAAUCAAAUUAUCGAAAACAUUUUAUUAAACUUUCAUUAUAUUAUUCACAUAAUUUAGCUGAAUUAAAAUCUUUAUUUAUUAAUGGUAUUUAUGAAGGUGAACGUUUUCGUUUAACAAAACAAGAAGCAACAGAUUUUUGGAAAAAAAAUUUUAAUGAUAGAACUAUUGUACCAUGGGAAGAAUUUAAAGAAAAAUUAAAUGAUGUUCAUUCAAUACAAUUAAAUAAUGAAUCAAUUGCUUUACAAAAUACUAUUGAUUUGACUCAUAAUAAUCAUGUAUCAAUAUUUGAAUUUGAUGUUUUUACAAGAUUAUUUCAUCCAUGGUCAUCACUUUUAACUAAUUGGAAAUUAUUAGCUGUAACUCAUCCUGGUUUUAUGGCAUUUAUGACUUAUGAUGAAGUGAAAGCAAUAUUAACAAAUUAUAUUGAUAAACCAGGUAGUUAUGUAUUUCGAUUAAGUUGUACACGUCUUGGACAAUGGGCUAUUGGUUAUGUAACAACACAAAAUACAAUACUUCAAACAAUACCACAAACAAAAUCAUUGAUUCAAUCAUUAAUCGAUGGAGAACGAGAAGGAUAUUAUAAAUAUCCAAAUGGAAAAAAUAUUCACAUCGAUUUAUCAUUAGCAUUAAGACCAAUAGAAUCAAAUUGUAUAUAUGUAUCGGAAGAACAAUAUGCAAUAUAUUGUGAUAUGGGUACAAGUUUUGAAUUAUGUAAAAUAUGUUCAGUUAAUAAUAAAGAUAGUAAAAUUCAACCAUGUGGUCAUUUACUUUGUCAAAAUUGUUUAAUAGCUUGGCAGAAUCAAACAAGUUCUAAACCACCAUCUUUAUGUCCAUUUUGUCGUAGUGAAAUAAAAGGUUUUGAAUCUGUUAUUAUUAAUCCAUUUGAUAGUUCAACUAUACAAAAUAAAAAAGAAUCAAGUUCAAAUGAAUUUCAUGAUCAAAAAUUUGAUACUAAUUCAAAUGUUCAAAAUUUACAAACACUUACAAUAUCUUGUUCAGUGAAUAAUGAAAAUUAUCAUGGUAUACAGACUUCAUUAGAUAAUCUAUCUUCUACACCACCUCCAAUUCCUCCUCGUCCUACUAAUAUGAACUUAAAUGCUAAUCGAAUACCAAUUGAUACAAAAAUUAAUACUCCUCAACAUUUACAACAACAUUUUCUACCAUCACUACAUAACAAUGAUGUUUUAUUAUUUUCACAACGAUCUUCAAGCAUAAACUCAAGACCACUUUCAUCAAUAUCAUCAAAUGAAAGCUUUAGUGAUUCAUUUACUCAAUCAUCAACAACAGGAGAUUUACAGUCUGUUAAUGUUCAAAAUGGUAUUGAUAAUUAUCUAACUUCAGGAAAUAAAACAGCAUGUUAUUCUUCUAAUCUCAGUAUUAAUAAAAUGGAUCAAUUUCAAACAAUAGAUCAUAUACGUAAUCGUUUAACAUCUGAAAAUAAUUUUGAUCCAAAACGUAUUGAUGCUGCUUUAACAUUAACUGAAGGUUUAUCAUUAUCUAAACAGUAUAAAAUGGCUAAAUUAUUUCUUAAUCAAGUCAAAUAUGAACAAGCGCAAUUAUUAAAUCAUAAUAAUACUUUUAUUAAUGGUUUAUUAAUAAUAACAAUUAAAAGAAUGAAAGACGAUAUUCCAACAACGUGUGUUGCUGCUGUUUUCUCUGAUAUUGAACCUGGACCACAAUUGAGAGAUAUUGAAAAAUUUAUGCAUGAUCAUGGUGGUCAACCGGAAUUAGAUUUUAGUACGGAUGAUUUGGAAAGUAAAGUUGAAUCGAUUAUACGUGAAUUAAGAAAUGUUCUUAAAGAAACAAUACCUGAAGGAGAAAUGGAAAUGUUUCUUAAUUCGGUUAUGAGUUUAAUUUUACUUGUACCAGAAGAUAAAAUUAAUCGACCAAUUUUAAAUUUUUCUGAAGCUAUUAUUAAUGCUAAUUUACCAGAAAAAUAUGGACCAAUGAAACUUCGAGUAUUAACUAAUUUAAUUUAUGUUGUACCAGAACGUAGUAAUACGGAUAAAUAUAGAAUUUUGAUUGAUUUAAUCAAAUGUGCUCGAAAUCAUCGAUGUAUUAAUGCUGUUUCAGUUGGAAUUAAUCAGGUUAAAAAAUGGGUCAAAGAAUGGAAAGUAUCAACUGAACAAGUACAAGAACUUUAUCGUAACAUGCAUGAAGCAUAUGCAGCUACUGGAGAUUCUGCAAAUGCAUUACAACUUUUACUGGAAUUACUUGGUACAUAUACAAAAGAAACUGCAUCAAAAGCUCGUACAGAUGCAUUCAAAUGUAUUAUUAAUAGUAUCAAUGAUCCAAAUGUUUUUAUCAUGGAUCAUUUACUUUUACUUGAACCAGUAAAAGUUCUUGAAGGCGAAAAUAUUCAUAAUUUAUUAAAUAUAUUUGUUUCGGGUCGUUUACAAGAUUAUUUAGAAUUUUAUAGUAAACAAAAAUCCUUCAUUGAAUCAUCAGGUGUUAAACAUGAUCGAAAUAUUACAAAAAUGCGUUUAUUAACAUUCCUUCAAAGUGCUGAAAAUCAAAAAGAAAUACCAUUUGAUACAAUUGAAAAACAAAUGCAAAUAACAGCUGAUGAAGUUGAAUCAUUUAUAAUUGAAGCUGUUCGAACGAAAAUGAUACGUUGUAAAAUCGAUCAUCUUGCUCGUAAAGUUAUCAUUGAUAGUACAGUUCAACGAACAUUUACUAAACAACAUUGGCAAUCAUUAAAAGAUAAACUUGAAUUAUGGAAAACAAAUUUAUCUAUGAUUAAUGCUAAUCUUACUACAUUAGUGGCAACACAAGGAACAACAAAAUAA